CGGUGCGGAUGCGUUGGGACCGGUUGGAGCGGACGGGUAGGCGGGCGGAGCGGCGGGGGCCAUGAGCAGCCCGGGCCUCCGCCUCUCCCUCCUGGCAGCGCUGCUCCUGGCGCCGGUGUGGUCGGGCCCGGGCCCGGGCCGCCCCCCUCCGCCGCGCCGGACGGCCGACGCGCUCUGCCGCCUCCAAGCCGCCCAACGCUGCCUCCGCAACGGACCCGACCCCCGCCACGACCCCCGCGCCUCUCUGCCCCGGGGCCUGGUCUGCUCAGAUUUCCCCUAUACCUACUGGUUCCCGUUCUUCUGCCAGUUUGCCCCUUCCCGCUGUGUCGGCCAUUUCUACUAUGCCAAGCGGGUCCUGUGCGCCCAGGGACCUCUGUCAUCCCUGCCCUCCAGGCGCCAUCGCAGGAUUGUCCCCCGAGCUCUGGACCCCUCCCUGACCCCUCCCACCCCUCCGCAUGUCAUGGCUCAGGGCCUGCGGUACCCCAGCCCCUCCCUCUCUCCGAGCUGGGCGAAGGGAUUGUCCAUCAGCAUAAAGGAACUGCUGCAGUCUUCCCUCUCCCUGGAGGGGCCGGACCUCUCCCGGCCCAACGGCAUCUCCCCGGGUCCCCUGGACAAGGCCCCGCCCGGUCCUAAGGCCCAGGCGAAGGCCCCGGCCCUGCCCCGGCCCAGCCCCGAGGCCGGGGCGAAGGCCCCGUCCGGCCCCGGGCCCGGGGCGCAGGCCUGGGCUGGGGGUCAGGCCCUGCCCAGCUCCGGGGCCGGGGGUCAGGCCCCGGCCCUCCACGCCACCCCUGGCGUGAUAGACAGCGUCCGCCAGCUCAUCGGCUCGGAGCAGGACCUGGAGCCCCACCCCCACAACCACAGCCGCAGCCCAAACCACACCCACGGCCACCAUCACGGCCACGGCCACCGCCACGGGGGCGGGGGCGCUGGUGGUGGCGGGGGCGGCGGCGGCGAAGACAUCGGCGAAGACAUCGGCGAAGACGUCGGCGAAGACAGCCCAGUGUCCGGGAGCCUCCAGACCCUGCCCCACGAUGCCGCCCUGCUGGUGCUCUGCUUCGCCCUGCUGAGAGACAGCUGCACCCGCUCCCCGGCGGCCUGGGCCUGGCAACGCAUUGAGAACGAGACCCUCGGUUUUGGUGAUACGGUGUGCGACAGUCACGGGAGACGACACCUGUCCUCCUGCCCCCUCUGCGCCUUCUGCUCCCUGAAGCUGGAGCAGUGUCAGGAAGAGUCCACCCUGAAGCGGGAGUUCUGUGGACCCUCACACCAAACCCCCUUCUCCAGCCCCUUCCUCGCUGCCCAGAACCAGAACAUCAAGAUGGGGCCAGUGACCAAGGGACUCUACUACGGUCUGGAGGUGUUCGGGGGGCUGCGGAUGGCCUUCUGGUGUGGUCGGCUGGCCGUGCAGGGCUGCGAGGAAACCAGGGUCUCGGGCUGGCUGCAGGCCGAGUUCCUCUCCUUCCAGAGAGGAGACUUUCCCACCAAGAUCUGCGAUUCCAACAAGGUGGAAUACCCCAACUACUGCGCCUUUAAAAGCCGCCAGUGCCUUCUCUACAGCCGGGACAGUCAGAAGGUAUUCCGCCAGAGCUGUCAGAGGAACGAGUCCUACUCGCAGCUGAGCGAGGCCAGCGCGGAGGAGGCGGUGCUGAGCUGGAGCCGGGAGUUCGGCCGCCUAACUCAGGGCUAGGCCGGCCGGGGGGCGGGCCCGGGCCUGCCCUUCUUGCCCCACCCCCGACCCCCGUAGGUCGCACGGCCUUGGGGCUGCCCCGCCACCCCAGGGCCUGCGGAUAAAAGAUUUCGAACCAA